CGACCCCAAAGCCGCCAGUAGACGGUAGUCUCGCAUCGUUAAAUCCCCUUCGCCAAAUCGACCGCCGCCGUGCCGGUGCCCUCGACCUUCGCCGGCGCCGCCAAGCGGCCCCGCCCACCGAAGGCACGCGCCUCCUCCGAUUCGCCGAUUCCUCUUGUUACGCAACCGAGAUGUCGGAAUACAAGAACGUCGUCGGGGGGAGGCUCAAGCUCAAGGGGAAGCCGCUGGAUGUCAAGGACGGCGCGGUCAAGAAGAAGAAGAAGAAGCACCGCCGUGAGGAGUCGUCCCAAGUCGAGCAUGGCCAGCAGUACGAAGGUGGAAGCUCUGAAUUACCCGGUGACCCUGAAUUGAGUGAAGCUGGCAAGAUGGGAGAGGAAGGGGAUCCACAAGGCGAUUAUGAUCACCUCACUCCAGCUGAACGUCGUUACAUUGAACAGAAGCAGAAGAUUGAUGUGCACAAGCUGGCAAAGGUAGCUGACAAGUCGCACAGGGAUCGCAUCCAGGACUUCAACCAGUACCUGGCGAAUCUUAGUGAGCACUACGAUAUCCCAAAGGUCGGCCCUGGUUAAUAAGCAAGAAAGUAUGGGUUCACUUGAAUGUUCUGUGUGCUGGACUUAUCUAGCCAUCUAAGUGUGGCGCACCUGAAACAAUGGGUUGUCUCGUCUCUGAAGAACAAAAAAUUGAGAACCUGUGAACUGAUUGCACUUUAUCUGUAUUUGAAGACAAUGUUCAAUAGCUCAACUGUUGUGAGUA